AUGCCAACACUUCUUGCUCAUAAAUACGGUGUCGAAGAAGAAAAAAUUACGGAUGAUCUUAAAGAUAUUAAUCCAAAAAAUCUCGACUGUUCUGAAUAUAAGCUGAAAAAAUUACAAUCUGACCGAAUCCGUCGAGAUCUAAACCGGCAAAUCCGCCAACAACGAAAUCAUAUGAAAUCGGUCACUUAUGAUACUGACAAUGAAAUUCAACAUCUGAAGUCUAGUAUAGAAGAUGCCGAGCUAACUUCUGCAACUCGAAGUCGUUACGUUGAGGGUUGGCAAAGAGCUCGAAUAGAGCAACACACUCAGACGAUUUCACACAAGGAGAUCGGACCGACACAGAUGAUUGAAGAACUUAAGAGGAAAGCCGACCAAGAACAACGCGUUCAUGCUGAAAUUGAACUUUUAAUAAAUAUAAAAAUUAAUAUCACAAAACAUGCAGAACUAAUAAAGAGUUGGAUAAAGUUCAAAGAGGACAGAGAAGCAGCUCGCCAGUACCGCGAGAAAAUGACCAAAUCCGCCAUUAUCGUCCAAGCGUGGUGGCGUGGUUUACUUGUUCGACAACAAUUGGGACCCUAUAAAGUUUUCAAGAAGAAAGGACAAACCAAAGAAGAAAAAUCUAGCAAGAAAAGGAAAUGAGUCCCACAUACUUAUUUAUACUAAUGAUUUUAUAUGAUUUCUUUUAAAUAUCUAUUUGUAUUUUUUUUUUUUAUUAAAUGUGUUUACAAUUAUC